GAGAAAGGGAGGGGUGAGGGGUGGGAGGAAGAGAUAGGGUAGGUGGAGAUAGAAAGAGAAAGUCAGAGAGAAAGAGGGAGAGAGAAACAGAAAUACAGAUCAUGUCCCCAGAGGCAGCAGACGCCCUGAAACAAGCAGGUUUUGAAACCGACAGUGACAUCCAGUCACUGACUCGAGAGGAUCUGACCCAGCUGUUACCCAGAGCCGGGGAUUUCAAACUGAGAAAGAACGUGUUUGAGACGAUUCAAAAAUCGUCACUAUCGAAAAGUUGGGAGGAUGUCUCUACUGAUAAUUUUGACCGACUGAAGAACAACAACACAAGGCAGCCGUACUCAAAAGCUUACAAAGGUCAUACUUCUGCUUUAUUUUGGUGUCAUUUUAUCUUAAGUGCGUGAGUAACCUCAUCAUUAAGAGGAAGAAGCAAUAUUUCAGUUUCAUAUUUAUAAACAUUUUUUUUUAAUAUAUCAUGUGUAUUAUAGUUAUUACUAUAUCACAGUUUAGUUGGUACCCAAUAGGAUCUUUGUCAGAAACAAGAAAAGACCAUCAACAAGGAGCACAAGGAGACUCAAAUGCCAGGAUGUCAGCACACUACUUUCAGGAAGUGAAGUACAAGAUGGUUGUCAGAGGUCAAACCUUUGGCGCCCAUACACAGCUGAUGGAUCAAGUGAAUCGCGCCACUAAGGGCGACGUCCGGCUUUUGGAAAACUCUCAGGACAGCCAGAUUAUUAUUGUUUUCUGUCCAAUCACUACACGCCCUGAGUCAGACGUGAAGAGAGCGAUGACAGGUGUCCCAGGUGACAAACCCGUCAUUCUGGUGAAAAUGCACCAUGUAUGUGAGUCCAAGUCCUCACUGUGUUUAAAUACAUCGAUUGAUGACAGGAAUGACGUGUUGCAGGUCAAUGUUUUCUACCAUGAGAACUUACGUGGGUUACUGGAGUGCAAACUAAAUGACACAGCUGUCUCUGAGAUAAAACAAGAAUUACUGAAGCACAGUGAUCAUAGAAGUACAGAUACCAGGGCAAGUACUUCUGGUCAGGGUCCUUCAAGUUGGCUUGACCCUCGUACCUGGAUGUGGGGCUCAGAGGCAAAACAGCUGGGACGUGGAGGCACAACAGGUGGGACGAGCGGCCGGGAGGGGGCGAAUGUGAGACGGAAGUAAUAUUAUAGCCGAACUAAUGUUUUGACAUCCGCAUCACUUUAACGGCGGAGCAGUAAAAAAAUCAGGGUCAAUGCGGUAGGACAUGAGGAGAGACCAGUGUGUAUUUUAUGCCUGAAAACUCUAUAAGACCCAACAAAUUAAGAAGACCCUUAGAAACAUUACACCCCAGUCACAUGCAUGUGUUCUUUUUGGCUGAGCUUUAUCAUCUUUGUAACAAAGUGAUUAUAAUUGAAUUCAUGAAAACAAUUUUAGCUCCAAAGUGGGGCAUGAAAGUUUGAGAACCACUGGGUUAAGAUAACAAUCUUGUUUACAAACAACAAGGUGAAUACAUAACCACUUUGAUGGAGGUAAAAAAAAAAAUCGCAUUGGAUGGUAUCAGCUCCAACAACAGAAACAAACAGAGAAAAUGUAUAAUUAACCAAAUAUAUAUUAACAGUAUGUUAAACAUUGGUAUGUAAAAUCACAGAGGAGAGGAUGACAUUAAAUAAUUUUUUUUCCAUGUCUGCUGUUAAUUUUCUAAAGCUGCCAUAAUUUAAUGUGGUGUGUCUUUGUACCAGUCAUGGUUUUUAAGUAAGAGAUUAACAGUGCAGAGGCUACACAUUCAGUGAUCAGACAACUUUGUGUAUUGACCUACGAGAGACAAAACAAUGAAUAGAUUCGCAAAUAAAGUUUGUUUUAAUGUACAUUUUGCUCUAACUGCUUACAAUGGAAUGCCUCAGAAUGCUUCAUAUGUAAUUAAUGUACAUGAUAACACAAAAUAAACUUCAAGUAUGGGUAUGACCAUAA